AUGAAGUUCCAGUCUCUCGCUUCCCUUGGUGUGGCUGCGUUGGGCGCCGCUUCGACUGCUGCUGCUUCUGGCUUGCUGGAUGCACGCGAAGAUGCAGGCCAGUGUCCCUCGGGAUAUUCCAUGAGCGUCUACUAUCUCACGGUGACCGCGACGCCUUCUCCCACAGAGCAAUCCUCAUCGACCGCUCUACCUUCGCCAACUGGCCAGUGUCCUGUCGGAUAUACCCCCAGUGUCUAUUACAUCACGGUGACUGCGACGCCUUCUUCGACCGUGGAGGAACAGGCUAUCUCCACUGCUUCUAUCCCGACAGAGCAGUCGAGCGCGGUCAUUCUUGCUUCCACAGUUGAGCCGACUACCACCAUUCUUUCCACCUCGACCACCACCGUCGUCGUGACCGUUCUUCCUACUCCUGGCUCUUCUUCCGAUGUUGCAGCUGCCUCUGCUGCUGACACUACCUCCGCCGCGGUUGAAGCUGCUACUACUGAGGCUGCCGCUACUUCCGUCUCUACUGGAGCCGAGACUACUCCCGACGCUGCUGCCGCCGCCGCCGCCGCCGCCGCCGAUACUACAUCCACCGCUGCUGUUGCGGCCACCCAGCAGGCUGAGACUGUGUCUUCUGCCGAAGCUGAGACAACGACAGCUGCCGCCGCCGUGGCUUCUUCCUCUACCUCCACUACUACCGAGACCCAGGCCGCGACGUCCAGCACGAGUGCAAGCACCGCCGCCAGCACUGGAACCACGUACGAUGGCGAGGCAACUUACUACGGGGGCAACGUUGCGGGCGGUACUUGUUCCUUCAGCGGAUACACUCUGCCCUCUGGCAUCUAUGGUACUGCCCUGACUUCCUCGAGCUGGGACGAUGCCGCCAACUGCGGUGCCUGUAUCACUGUCACCGGACCCAGCGGUAACUCCAUCAAGGCCAUGAUUGUUGACGAGUGCCCUGGCUGUGGUACCAACCACCUGGAUCUUUUCGAGGAUGCCUUCGCCGAACUGGCCGACAUAUCGACCGGCGUCAUCGACGUGGAGUGGUCCUACGUGGCCUGUGGCAUCGACACCCCGAUCCAGCUCAAAAACAAGGACGGCACCUCCGAGUACUGGUUCGCCAUGCAGGUCGUCAACGCCAACGAGCCCGUUGCCUCGCUCGAGGUCAGCACCGACGGCGGAAGCACCUGGCAGAGCACCACGCGCGCCACCUACAACUACUUCGAGAACGAGAGCGGCUUCGACACCGACACCGUCGAUGUCCGUGUGACCAGCACCACGGGAUCCGUCAUCACCGUCUCGGACGUCAGCGUUGCCUCGGACUCGACCACAACCGCCUCUUCGAACUUUUCUUAG